AUGUCUUUCGUUAUUCGUUUUGGUAUCAUCGCUGUUCUGUGUAUUGCCGCGUACAAUGCCGAAGACUUGAUUGUAGGUACAAGCGGUACUUUAGCAUACAGUGAUAAUGUGAAAAUAUCAUCAAUACCAUUUUCAACUAGAAGCAAAAAUAUAUUUUACAACACUCAGGACACUGCCAAGAUUAUCAAGGGCUUAUCAGUGAUAGAUUUAGCCAAAUCAAAGGCUCGGGCGACUGUCACAUCGGGUGGAGUGGGAUCCACUUAUGUGAACAUUAAGCUGAAAAGUGAACGCGGCGAAGGCCUGAACUAUUUGGUGCAAGUAUACGUCUGA